AUGGAGCUAGAGGGGCAGUGGUGGAAAGGACAGCUGGCUGCCGACAUCCACCAAGCGCUGCGCUAUAAGGAGCUGAAACUUCCCUCCUAUAAAGGCCAAUCUCCCCAGUUAAACCUGAGAAGAUACUUUGCAGACUUGAUUGCAAUUGUGAGCAAUCGCUUCAGACUCUGUCCUGCUGCCCGACAUCUCGCUGUGUACCUGCUGGACCUCUUCAUGGAUCGUUACGACAUAUCCAUUCAACAGCUGCAUGUGGUUGCUCUUUCCUGCUUGCUUUUAGCAAGCAAAUUUGAAGAGAAAGAAGACAGUGUGCCUAAACUUGAACAGUUAAACAGCCUGGGUUGUAUGACUAACAUGAACCUGGUAUUGACAAAACAGAAUUUGCUGCACAUGGAGCUGCUGCUGUUAGAAACCUUUCAGUGGAAUCUGUGCCUCCCAACUGCUGCUCAUUUCAUUGACUAUUAUCUCUCCGUCGCUGUUCAUGAAUCAGACCUCCAUGAUGGCUGGCCGAUGGUUUGCUUGGAAAAGACCAAGCUGUAUAUGGCAAAAUAUGCUGACUACUUUUUGGAAGUGUCUCUGCAAGAUCAUGCAUUUUUAAAUUAUGCCCCUUCGUUAGUGGCUGCUGCGUGUGUGGCUUCUUCAAGGAUUAUCUUGCGUCUUUCUCCAACAUGGCCAGUGCGACUCCAUCAUCUUACUGCAUAUUCCUGGGAUUUCCUGGUGCCAUGCAUUGAACGGCUAUUGGUUGCCCAUGAUAAUGAUGUAAAAGAAGCCAACAAGCAAAAAGGACAACAUAGUUCUCAGGCUGCACCACACAGUUUAUUUCAAACAACAACGCCUCAUCCUCCACAGCAGACACACCUACAGCCACACAUCCCCCAGUAUGUUCAAGCACAUCAAACUCCUCUUCAAUACCAUCAUCAAACAGGACAGCAGCAGAAUUGUCAGCAAAUAGUUUCAUCAGGGCACACGGCAUCUUACCCACUGCAGACUUGCCCAGGUGGUUUACAAGGUGGUAUUCAGGCUCGAGGUCAUAUACAGACUGCUACAGGGGUGUCACUUGCUGUACCCAUAGAAGUGAAGCCAUGUUUAAGUGUUUCCUACAACCGAAGCUACCAGAUUGCUGGACGUUACCCUUGUAUUACCCCUUGUUUUGAGAGGUGAUAACUAUAAAUUCAGCAGAACCCUACAUUCUGUCAGCAUCCCAGUAAUGAGGGAAGUAAUCCAUCACUAAUCCUUUAUACUAGAAGGGGAAAAGAUGGAAUAUAAAUCCUUUCAAAAAUGGUAGCUCAGCUCACAGAUUCUGCAGAUUUGAGCCCAUGAACAAGAAUGUUUGUUUGAGAGUGAUGGAAAGAUAAGUACUGCCAGAGUGCAGAAGUUCUGUUUUCAGCUGAAACCUUCCCUCAAAAACUGGACUGACUCCAAGAUUGUCUUCCCAGGAAGAGAUGCUGUGUAGUUUUUGAAGACCAGUUUCUACACAUCUCCAUACAGUAUUGAAUCAAACAUUAAAGUCCACCAAGUGCCAUGCUUUUCCAAACCAGGGAGAGCAAUGUGGAAGAGAGGAGUGAACCUCUUGGUCUAAAUUAGUAGUUCACUUCUCAUCCCUGUUAGCAGAUGAGGUUUAUAGUGUUAAAAUGUUCUUGGAUUAACCUUUUUUUAUGUCUUUAAAUUCAAAGUUAUUCUGUCUUUUGUUUUUGGAAACCAUUUAGAGGUAAACUUCAUACUAACUCAGGGAAAUAUCAAAAACUACUGUGAUACUGCUGUAUACCAUUUAAAGUAGUUCUUGGGUCUUUCUUGCUCAGGAUCACUGCGGUAGCAAAUACCAAAGGGAGUUGAGAUACUCAUCCAGAGUACUCCCUUAAUAUAAAAGAGUGCUUUGCAAUAACAGAUGGAAGAAUAGCAUGCUGUUUUUAAAUGGAGCCAAUAAUGAACCAUAGUCAACCACAGCUGAUGGAGUAUUGUUUAAUUCCCCUUCGUUUAUGCCACAAAUAUCAAAACAGGUUAAUUUUUUUUUGAUCGUAUGAAUUCCCAGUUCCUUGUGUGGGGGUACAGUUGAAAUGCUUAUAAGAAAUGCAGACUUGUACAUGACAGCUGUAGCAUAGGUAGGAAGAAAAAAAAUUAAAGUUCUCAGGUUGUACCAAGGCAGCUACGUUUCCUACAAGUAUACAUCUACCAGGAGGUUCUAUGUUCAUAUUAUUACUGACUUAAAAUAUCUUCCUGGUGUGAAUUAGGCAGUUAUGUUAAGGGUGCUAAUUACAUAGCUAUCAAAAUUGUUGAUAGUCUUUUGGUAUUUAAGUUUGUACUCCUGCCAGAAGCAGAAGAGUGCAAACAGGUGGCAAAGAUAAUAUAUGGAGAACCAUCUCCAGCUUGCACAAUUAGGUAAUUUAACUCCUUAUAUGAUGAGACUAAAUCCAUGGACUAGGAGUAUAGGGUAGUGCUUGCAUUCUGAAGGGUUGCUAAUACCUGUUUCUAAAUAAUAUUGGGUGAGAUCACAAUUCUAGAAGAUUUGUUUAAUGAUGGACUUUCCUUGGGAAAGAAAUUACUGUCUCCAAACACUUGACAUUUUGAGGAAAAAGGCAUAGCCUGAUCUUAAGAGGUAAAUGUAGUGCAAGAAAAAUAUUCUUUACUUUAGAGGAGAAGCAAUCCUCUGUAUUGGCAAUUACUUUAUACUAUAAAUAUAUUUUCAGGAUGACUAUUGGCAGAAAUGGGGAGUCACGUGGGCAACAUCUUUUAUAUGAUAGAAAAUGCCCUUGCUAUUUCUUACCUAAACUCAUUUUAGUAUUUCCCUGUUAUCUUUAUGUCUUCCAUGGGACAUAAAAAUGUGUAUAGGUAGAUAAAGAGAAGAAGGCAGGCAUUGUUCAAUGGUUUAAUUUGUGGUGUUUCAUUUUAUAUUUGGGGAUGGAAAAACUGGAGGAUGCAUCUUAAAGGGAAAGAUAUUCAUCUCAGUUUGCAAUACUUAAAACUCUUCAUCACUUAACUACCUCAAUAAUGCUUUGAAUGUACAGUCUUGUGGCAAUCCAUGACUUGAAAUAAUAGCAGGUUGCUUCAGCAAUUCUGAUAUUGGCUCCACUUUCAUCUUCCAUGUGCGAGAUGGCAAUGUAGUUACUAAUACAUCAGAGGAGUCUACUUUCUAGGCUUUUACACUCAUCUAUUAGCUAAUAAUUAACACUGGAAUUGUGGGUGGGGAGGGAAGGGUAAUUUGUCUAGUUAAAACAGCAAAGCUUCCAGGUAAUAGGGUGUUUUAUUUAAGUCACUAGACUUCAUUGUUAAAGGAUCCACUACAUGCUAUUGAAUUUGGGGAGCGUUUUUUACUUUUAUUUAUAGCCUUUUGAGUUUGACAUUAUAGCAUUAUCCUUAAAAUAGAAUAUGCACUGUGAACCAUUUCCAGUUUAAAAGGGGAGGGAGUUGAUCAUGCUCCACUGAAACCACACACUACUUGAAAUUCCGACUGCAGGUAUUAAAAUGUGUGUGUUGGGAGA